AUGGAUACGUUGAAUACGACGGUGAUCGGUGCUCAUGCCACAUUGUCGUUAAGUUCGUAUCACCGAUGGAAUGCACUCAAUCCGUCCUUGAUUUCAGAAAAUGAUGAUGACAACAAUGAGGCAUGUGGUCCAGUGAAGAUCGAGCACACAUUUGAGAGCGAUGAUCAGGCCUACUUCUCUAAUAACUCUGCUGGUACCACUUCUGCUCAACAACUACAACGUCGUCAACCAUCGACAUCAACAACAACAGUGAUCCCAACAAUACCAUUAGCAUCUUGCGCCACUGCUGCAGCGUCCCUAUCAUCUGCAUUCAGUAAACGGCUAGUAUCAUCAAACAGAAAUGUGAGCUUUCGAAAAAAUUUUGUAACAAUUAUAAUCUGCAUAAAUGGUCUUUACUAUCUAUAG